GCGAUUCAUCCUGCCCAAGCCAAACCACAUACGCCGCAGCAGCGAUGGACGCCUUGACUGAGGCGACGCCUUUCCCCUUCGACGAGACCCGCGGCCGUGCCGGAGAGGCCGACGGCUGGGAGGCUGUCGCGCAUUCCCGAUUCGUGGAGCACCGGCAAGGGUGGGAGAUGGUGGCGACCGGCCCCUCUUCGGACGGCGAUCGCUCCAUUUUCCCGCCGAGCCUCCAUGAGGGACUCCGCUUCCUCCCUGACCCCCUUCCAACCCUAGUCCCUUCACCUCCUGUCCAAGACCAGGAUUGUCAUCCUGCCUGCCUUGGCCAAACCACACCGGCCGCGGUCGCGAUGGACGCCUCGACUGAGGCGACGCUUUUACCCUUCAACGAGACCCUCGGCCCUGCUGGAGAGGCUGACAGUUUGGAGUCGGUUGCGCAUUCCCGAUUCGUGGAGCACCCAAGAGGGUGGGAUACGGUGGCGGAGGGCCCCAGCUCCGUCUUCCCCCCGAUCCUCCAUGAGGGACUCCACUUCCUCCCUGCCCCCCUUCCGACCCUAGCCCCUUCCCCUCCUGUCCAAGACCAGGAUUGCGUUGUCGAGGAGUCGCCAUCUGAUUCCGCGGGGGACGAGGUGGUCAGUCAGAUCGUUCCUGCUCGAUGGGGGCCGCUCUCGGAAUCCGCGUGGCGGUUGAUUAGGUCGGGUCUCGAGGCGAUACAUGCAAGAAUUACUCUUUUCAGGGAAAACGAAGGAGGUGGGUCAGGUUGUUUGUCCGUCGGAGUUUGGUCGUUUGCAGUUGUGGCUGGACUCGUCGGUGCUCUGAUUUUUAUGAGACGGGGGCACAGACGAGAGAAGGAGCUGCUCUUCCUCUUGUAUCAAGAGAAAGAUCAGAGGAUACGAGAUUUGCUGAAUCAGAUUGCAUUGAUGAGCCGUAUUAUAAAUGCCCAUGAAGUCUCUGUUCUGAGGAACACCUGAAAAUAUAUUCUUAUGUGCCUGACUACGUUUCUGUUCUCUCCUUGGGCAUCCAAACUGAGCCUCCCAAUGGGAUUUCAUCAUUUGCCCUCACCACGUAGUUGUUUUCUUUACUCUACAUUUGUUAAAGACAUUUCCGAUAGACAAGAAAUUAAUAGCGCACAUUUCUUGGUGGUUGUAAAUAAAUUUAUGCUAAAGAACAAUGUCAUUUUGUAUUCAUUGCGACAGAUAUACACCAACUACAAGGUGAGGAUUUAGAGGAGCAUGUCAAAUUCAA